UCCACAUUUUGUGUGAAACUGACCAAUGAACGCUCAGAAAAAAAACGAAAAAAAAACCUCUGAGGCCCUACCCAUCAAUUUAGAAAAACGCCGCAGUUUUUCAUUCGGUCCUCAACGGAGGGGCUUGAAAAAAAAUGGAGGGAAAUCGGACAGGCAUAGAGGCUUUAGCAGAUGUUUUGAAAAGUAGCGACGAGGACGACGGGGCUUCGGAGACGGAAGGGUUUGAUUCCUACGACGAAGAGGAAUACCCAAAUAAUUUGGGUCCAAUUGAAGAUGGAGAGGAUUCAGAGCUGCCAGAGCCCAGUGAACCACACGCAGCAUCUCUCCAGCAGCCACCAUCUCCUUCUCUGCCUGCCACCACGGCACAGGGGCCUCCACCACGGCCAUCGCCACCAGCCCGGCCAGCGAAGAGGUCCCGCGCCCCCCGAGCACAGGAACCUUCCCCGCAGCAACCGGCGCCCCCACCGACACAGCAUCCGGCUCCACUGUCUUGGAAGACAGACAAGGAUCCAGACACCGCUCCACAUGUCUCAAGGUUUAAACCGGCUCGGACACCAGGCGUACAGCUCAGCUCCACCUCCACAUAUACACCCCUCGACCUCUUCAAACUUUUCUUCCCUGUACCAGCGGUACAAACACUGUGCCAAAACACAAACAAGCAGGCUGCUAAAAAGAUAUCACAGGGAAAGAAGUACAAAUGGACAGACUUGGACGUAGGGGAUUUUUACAAGUACAUUGGGCUGCUUCUGUACAUGGCCAUGGUAAAACUUGACAGUAUCGUGGAUUACUGGAGACAGAAUCACCUUUUUUCUUUGUCUCUUCCAUCACAGAUCAUGCCACGGGACAGAUACAGAACAAUAUCUUGGAACCUUCAUCUCAGCGACCCUGAUGAGGAUGUCCAUAAUGACAGGAAAAAGGGCACAGACCACCAUGACAAACUGUUCAGGCUAAAACCCCUGAUGGACACCAUCAAGGACGCAUGCAAGUCAUUUUAUCAUCCCUACAGAGACCUGACCGCGGAUGAAAGAAUGGUUGCCUACAAGGCUAAAACUGGGAUGACCCAGUAUAUGAAAGCAAAACCCACAAAGUGGGGAUACAAGCUGUUUGUCUUGGCUGAUCCAAGGAAUGGCUACACAGUGGACUUUUCAAUUUACACCGGCAAAAGUGACAUCCCUUUCGGACAUGGCCUGUCCUACGACGCUGUGAUGUCCCUUGUGCAACCAAGUUACCUAGGCACAGGCUACCACAUUUAUAUGGACAAUUUUCAUUCUAGCCCCAAGCUCUUCAGGGCUCUCCAUGAGUGCAGAUUUGCCGCCUGUGGGACUUACAGGGAGGACUGCAAGGACACUCCUCAGACAGACCUAAACGCCCUCACAAAAAAAUCAGAGAGAGGCUCCAUAAGGUGGAUCCGGGAUGGCCCCAUUGUCUAUGUGAAAUGGAUGGACACGAGGGAAGUAUCAGUCUGCUCCACAAUUCACACAGCACACUCUGGUAAAACUGUACAGAGGAGGGUGAGACAACAAGAUGGCUCCUGGACAAAGGUAUCAAUCCCCUGUCCCACACCAGUUAUGGAGUACAAUGCACGCAGGGUUGGACUUGAUCAAUCAGACCACCUCAUUCAGUAUUACUCUGCACAACAUAAAACAAUGCGCUGGUACAGAAACCUCUUUUAUCAUUUUCUGGACAUUGCCACCACCAACAGCUUCAUUAUUCACAAGGAACUCUGUCUGGCCCAGCAAGCAAAACCCAUGACACGCAGAGCUUUCAUGGAGGAGCUGACCGCUGAGCUCUGUGGCAAGCCUCUCCGCACAGCUCCCGCCCGGGCCCCUGCAGGUCAUCUUCCUGUGCCUAUCGCCGAUGUCUGUGCAGCGAGCCCCAGCGCGAGAGCCACCAUGGGACGCAGGAGGUGUGAACACUGCCAUAGUCAAGGGCGCCGAAAGGACACGCCCUGGAAAUGCAGGGAGUGCGAUGUUUCCCUCUGCCUACAGCUGGACAGAAACUGUUUUGCAGCAUGGCAUGAGCUGAAAAAAAUGAGACAUGAAAACAUAUACGUUAUGUAAAUAUUGUGCAUAUUGAGUGGGGUUUUUUUUCCUAUAGA